AUGGAAACUAAGAUUCAAAACCAAAUAAUUGACUUCUUCUCAUUCUUGGAAGACUUCUACAGUACGUCUAAAUCGUGUUUGAAAAGCUGCCAAAACCACGGCAUAUCCAUAAAUAAAAUAAUUAUUCGGUGCACAAACAUAAAACAAGCACAACUAAAGUAUUCACCUCUGGAGGAAUUUGAGGGCCUUCAAAACAAACUACUGUCUUCACUUCAUAGCAUUAUUAAUGUAGAAGUUGAGAAAAUACAACAUGAACUCUCAAUAAUUGAAGAAUUAUUUGAAAAACUGUGCCACAAAAAUAGAGUACUCCAAGAAAGCUGUAGAAGCGUAGAUUUCAAUGAAUCUUCUUCUUUAAUUACUGGAACACCUUGGCAACCCCCUUUAAAGCAAAUAUUACAAUUUGCAUCAGAAUCAAUAACAUUUGGUAGCCAGAAAACGAACUUUAAAAUGGAUCUCCUUGGUUCUAUCUUAAAUUCCAUGCAAAAGCCACCAUCAGCUAGCGAAGCACAAAAAAAUGCCAUGCGAAAACAAAAAGAGGCAUAUGAACGUAAGCAAAAGGAAGAAAAAGUGAUGUUCAACAAAUUUCGACAAAGUGUAGAGAAUAAAAUUAGUCAAUUCAUUAAGGAUGGUACAAAACCCUACCUGCAGUUUGAACCAAUGCAUCAGAUUUACAGAUCUAUAAUACGAGAUGUUGCAGAAACUGCUGGUGUACAAGUUUUUUCCUUUGGACAGGAAGGUGUUGAUCGAUAUUCUGUUGUUUAUCUUAAAGACAAAGGACCAUCUGAAGAUGAACUAACAGUACGUAGAAGUGGUGGAAUAUGGAACGAAGAAAAGGCUGUGGAAAUGGCUAAAAUUAGAGAAAUGAAUAAACAAUCAGAACAGCAGGAUUUAGAAGGAAGGAGCAAGAAACGUAAGAGCAAUGACGAAUUAAGUGGUACCUUUUACAAACAGAAAUAUGCUCACCUCAUAGGUGAAGAAGCCGCUCUUGAUGCAGCCCAUAAAACCAAUGUUAAUAAAAGCUAUGGUGAGGUUCCAAGUGAAAAUAAAAAGGACCUUCGUUCUAUUGAACAGACAAUGGCAGAUAUCAGAGCGAAGAAAAUGAGAAAAACUGAAUCUGACAGGCCAUCCAGCAGUCAUGAGGAUAUUUAG